ACCUCUAGUCCUAGGGUGUAGUCGUCCAGUGAUUGGUUGAUAUAUUUCUAUAUAAGGAUUGACUGUAUUUGUUGAGCGCUUUACUUACUAUUUGUUUCACACAAUUGUUUGGACUCUUUUGUUACCUAAAAGUCUAAAUAAUUUUGUAUUUCAAUUGCGGAGACAUUUUUGUGUCAAUUAAUUACAAUUCAAUUUAAAUUUUGAUUAUUAAUUAUCAACUAAUUUGAAGACAAAAUGCGUGAAUGUAUUUCAAUACACGUGGGUCAGGCCGGCGUCCAAAUGGGAAACGCCUGUUGGGAGCUGUACUGUCUCGAGCACGGCAUUCAACCCGACGGUCAAAUGCCCAGCGAUAAGACCAUUGGUGGCGGCGAUGAUUCGUUCAAUACGUUUUUCUCGGAGACCGGUGCCGGCAAACACGUCCCCCGAGCAGUCUAUGUCGAUCUGGAGCCGACUGUUGUCGAUGAGGUGCGCACCGGUACCUAUCGUCAAUUGUUUCAUCCGGAACAGCUCAUCACUGGCAAAGAGGAUGCCGCCAACAACUACGCUCGCGGUCACUAUACAAUUGGCAAAGAGAUUGUCGACUUGGUCUUAGAUCGUGUACGCAAAUUGGCCGAUCAAUGCACUGGUUUACAGGGUUUCCUUAUCUUUCACUCAUUUGGUGGCGGAACCGGAUCUGGUUUUACCUCACUAUUGAUGGAGCGUUUGUCAGUUGAUUACGGAAAGAAAUCAAAGCUCGAGUUUGCCAUAUAUCCGGCCCCACAGGUAUCGACUGCCGUAGUCGAGCCCUAUAACAGUAUUCUGACCACACAUACCACUCUCGAGCACAGCGACUGUGCCUUUAUGGUCGACAAUGAAGCUAUUUAUGACAUCUGCCGCCGAAAUCUGGACAUUGAACGCCCCACUUAUACCAAUCUGAAUCGUCUGAUCGGCCAAAUUGUGUCGAGUAUUACUGCCUCACUUCGAUUCGAUGGCGCCCUGAAUGUCGAUUUGACCGAAUUCCAGACUAAUUUGGUUCCCUACCCGCGCAUCCAUUUCCCACUUGUGACCUACGCUCCGGUCAUUUCAGCCGAAAAGGCUUAUCACGAGCAGCUGACAGUCUCGGAGAUUACCAACUCAUGUUUCGAGCCGGCCAACCAAAUGGUCAAAUGCGACCCAAGACACGGCAAAUACAUGGCCUGUUGUCUCCUAUACAGAGGUGAUGUCGUGCCGAAGGAUGUCAAUGCAGCCAUCGCUGCCAUUAAGACCAAACGUAGCAUUCAAUUUGUCGAUUGGUGUCCAACUGGUUUUAAGGUUGGUAUCAACUAUCAGCCACCGACUGUUGUUCCCGGCGGUGAUUUGGCUAAAGUACAGCGUGCUGUCUGCAUGUUGUCCAACACGACAGCCAUUGCCGAGGCCUGGGCCCGACUCGACCACAAGUUCGACUUGAUGUACGCCAAGCGAGCCUUUGUGCACUGGUAUGUCGGCGAAGGUAUGGAAGAGGGAGAGUUCAGCGAAGCCCGCGAAGAUUUGGCCGCUCUCGAGAAGGACUACGAAGAAGUGGGUCUCGAUUCGACCGAAACCGGCGAAGACGAGGGCGGAGAAGAGUUCUAAACUCUCCGAUGUUUUUAAUUGAAACUCAGAUUUUUUUUAUUUAAUUAUAUAAAAAUACAUUACAAUUGAUUGAUUGAAUACAUUAUUAUUAUAUGAUUAGUGCACCUAAAAAAACAAAUCUGAUUUUUAUAUUUCUAAUGUCGUUUUAUAUUUAUAUAUUUUUGAUUAAUUUGAAUACUUAAUUAUAAUA